GUACACAACAAAUCGGAUUAAAGAACAAUAAAUCGAAUAAAACAGUGUGUGUCCUUCGUCUCAAGCAGUCGCUCUCCAGGGUAUAUCUUCUCUCUCUCUCGUCACCUAUUUCGACGAUUCUCACUUUUACUUCACAAAGUUUCCGUCUUUUUCAUACCCAAAAAAAAGAAAAAAGUUUCCGUCUUUAGUUCGUGCCGUUUCAUAUACCCGUCAAGGUUUUGCAUUUCAUCACUGUAAUGUGUUUUCUCUCCUUCUGUCUUUGUUUUAGAAACUUGUAGUUAUCUAUAAAUGGCGAUCGAAAGCUUUGACCUUUACUUGUUUGUUUUGGUUGAAAUAUCUAUCACAGGGUUUCACUUAAAAUGGAGGAUGAUAAUGAGAAAGUGAAAGGUUCGAGUAAAAAGAGGUUGAGAAAACCUAAAAGCUUGGAAUUUGUUGGAUGGGGUUCGAGAAAUCUCAUUGAGUUUCUUGAAUCACUUGGUAGAGAUACCACCAACAAGAUAUCAGAGAAUGAUGUUACAGCGAUUAUAAUGAACUAUAUCCGCGAGAAGAGCCGUGAAACUCCUUUGAAGAGCAAGAAGAGGAGAAAGACAGUAGCUUGUGAUGAGAAGUUGCGUUUGCUUUUCGGUGCUGGGAAGAUAAAUGUAAUCAAAGUCCCUGAUUUGGUAGAGAAGCAUUAUGUAGAGAAUCAGGAGGAAGACUUAUUCUAUGAUGAUCUCUACGCUUCAGAGGAUGAUAAACAACAGAGAUUGUCUCUAUCAGAUAAGGUGGCUAAACAGACGAAACAGGUUGUGUCAAAGCCUAGAGGGACUUUUGCUGCAAUAGUGCGUGAUACUGUUAAGCUUCUGUAUUUGAGAAAGAGUUUAGUCCAGGAACUAGCAAAGACUCCUGAAACUUUUGAGAGCAAAGUGGUGAGGACUUUUGUGAGGAUCAAGAAUCCUUGUCAGCUUGUUCAUGUAACCGGUGUGAAGGAAGGAGAUCCGAUUGAUGGUAAUCUUUUUCAGGUUACAAAUUAUUCGUAUUAUCUAAAAGAUGUUACUACCUCUUCCCUAUCAGAUGAUGAUUUCUCUCAGGAGGAAUGCGAAGAAUUGCAUCAGAGAAUAAAUAAUGGCUUUGCUAAGAGACUUACAGUUGUUGAUAUGGAAGAAAAGGCUCGAAGUUUGCAUGAAGAUGUGACAAAACAUUGGAUUGCAAGAGAACUUGUAGUGUUACAAAGGCUUAUUAAUCAGGCCAAUGAAAAGGGAUGGCGAAGAGAACUAUCCCAGUAUCUGGAGAAGAGGGAGCUUCUUCAGAAUCCGGAUGAACAGAAGAGGCUAGUGGAUGAAGUUCCAGAAAUUGUUGCAGAAGAACUUGAACCUGAAUGUGAAGAUGAUGAUGAUGAUAGGACAAUAGAAGAUAGCCUCAUUGUACCAAACCCUGAGGCUCAUCAAAGUGACAAAGAGCAACGACAAAGAGAUUUACCAGUUUCUUCUAGUGUCAAGAAAAGUCAAGAAAAUUCCUUGCUUCUUAAGAAUCCGGAAGAGCAGUUGAGGCUGCUGUGUGAUGUUCCCGAUGUUGUUGCAGAAAAACUUGAACCUGAGUUUGUAGAUGAUGAUGGAAAACUAGUAAAUGACGUACCGUACCAAACCCUGAAGCCUUCACUGAGGCGCAUCAAAGUGAUGAAGAAAUACAACCAAGUGAUUUACCAGAUUCUAGUAUCCAGAAAACUCUAGAAGACCAGCCAAUAUGGACUGCUUCUGCAGGUGCGUCCCAUUCUUUGUAACUUCAAUUCAUCGAUAGGACUUAAAUUGGUUGGAUUAAUGAAUCCUAUUCGUCCUUGCCUUUGUCAAAGUGAUGUUAGAUGAAUGUGUCCUUCAUAGUUAACUAAGUGGUGUCCAAGAAGCGAGAUAUUGUGAACUUGAUCUGGACCCAUAUAUUUGUUUGUGUAAAUUCCAGGUAAUAAAGAUCUCCAUGAAGAUGUGUACGAGCCGCCAGCAAAUGGCAUAACACUGAACACGGACUCUAUCACUGAAGGAGAAAUGAAUACCAAAGUCAGUCAGCAUCAGUCAAGUACUCCAGUGAUUGAUCUCUCUAACAAAACUCAAGCACACUCAAAUCCAAUUGAGAUUAUUGAAUUGAGCGAUGAUGAUGACGACGACGAAAAGGACAAAAACGAUCAAGCUUACCAGAGUUAUGAUCCAAAGAAGGUGAUGUGGUUCUAUGAAUACCCUAAAGGAAAAACACAUGGACCAUUCUCUCUCACAGAUCUCAAAACGUGGAGUGACGAAGAGUACUUUGUUGGAGUUCCAGAUUUCAAAGUAUGGAAGACAGGAGAGAGUGCAGUGCUACUAACCAAACUUCUAUCUCAGAUCAAAACCUAAUUGAAGAACUUGCAAAAAGCUUAGCAUUAAGUCUGAAAAGUGUGCAUUUUGUUUAUUUCUCUAAAACGGUUGUUGCUGAAUUUAGUGCACAUAAUGCAAAGAUUCUGACUUUUGUUGUAAAAAAGUCUCCUCUUAAAAUCCAUGGAACAUAAUUAUUAACAUGAAGAUUCCUU